AUGGUUCGAACCCAAAAAAACGUUUUGGGGUCUCGUAAAUACCGAAAUUUCUCGAAUGACCAACUGAUUAAAGCAGUGGAAGCUGUCAGGUCUGGACUUUCUUUGAGAAAAGCGGAAGAACAGUUUGGUAUACCACGAUGCUCUAUCAAUAGAGCAAUGAAUGGGAAAAAUACAGGGAAGGUCGGCAGACCAUUUGUUUUGAAUGAAAAUGACCAGAAUGCAUUAGCAAUGUGUCUAUGUUCAGCAGGGGAUUGGGGCUUUCCCCUCACACUAUACGACAUUAGACUCAUUGUUAAAGCCUUCCUGGACCGUUCUGGAAGAAAUGAAUAUAGAUUCAAAAACAACAUGCCAGGUCCAGAUUUUGUUAUGUCUUUCUUGAAGCGUCACCAGAACACAUUAAGUAAUAAAAUGUGCCAGAACAUAAAGAGAGCUCGAGCAAAAGUCGACCAUGACGCCAUAAAUCUGUACUUUGAUGAGUGGAACCAUUCACUUGAGAGAAUUCUUCCUCAUUCUGUCAUUAAUUAUGACGAAACAAAUAUUACAGACGACCCAGGCCGUAAAAAGGAUGUUGUUAGAAGAGGGUGCCGACAUCCUGAAAGGAUUAUUGACUCCUCAAAGUCGAGCACUUCUGUUAUGUUUGCUGCUGCCGGGGACGGGACACUUCUUCCCCCAUAUGUAACAUAUAAAGCUGAGAAUCUUUAUAAUACCUGGAUCGAACAUGGCCCCAAGGGUAUAGUUUAUAAUAGGAGUAAGAGUGGAUGGUUUACUUUGGAGAUUUUCGAAGACUGGUUUCGAAAAAUUGCCUUGCCCUAUUUCUUGAAGCAAGAUAAAGAGGAGAAGAAAGUUAUGAUUGGGGAUGAUUUAGCGAGUCAUAUAUCCCCAUAUAUAAUAGAAGAAUGUAAAAAAACAACAUCCUAUUCAUUCUACUUCCUCCAAGCAGCACUGGACUCACUCAGCUGUUAG